CAGGGGCUAAAUCUGGGAUCUGGUUGCUACGUGUCCUGGCCUUGCCACUCGACCUCUGGCGCCUGGUGGGGACGCCCCAUCCUGGCCUUCUGGAAUCGGCCACCAUGUCCCACCGGAAGUUCUCUGCCCCUCGGCAUGGACACCUGGGCUUCCUGCCCCAUAAGAGGAGCCGGCGGCACCGGGGCAGGGUGAAGACGUGGCCAAGGGAUGACCCCAGUCAGCCUGUGCACCUCACUGCCUUCCUGGGCUACAAGGCGGGCAUGACCCACACCCUGCGUGAGGUGCACCGGCCAGGCCUCAAAAUUUCCAAACGGGAGGAAGUGGAGGCAGUGACGAUUGUGGAGACACCACCCCUGGUUGUGGUGGGCGUGGUAGGCUACGUGGCCACCCCUCGAGGCCUGCGGAGCUUCAAGACCAUAUUUGCAGAACACCUCAGUGAUGAGUGCCGCCGCCGCUUCUACAAGGACUGGCACAAAAGCAAGAAGAAAGCCUUCACCAAGGCCUGCAAGAGAUGGCGGGAUACUGACGGCAAGAAACAGCUCCAGAAGGACUUUGCCGCCAUGAAGAAGUACUGCAGAGUCAUUCGGGUCAUUGUCCACUCCCAGAUGAAGCUGCUGCCCUUCCGGCAGAAGAAGGCCCAUAUCAUGGAGAUCCAGCUGAACGGCGGCACGGUGGCUGAAAAAGUGGCCUGGGCACAGGCUCGGCUGGAGAAGCAGGUGCCAGUGCACAGUGUUUUCAGCCAGAGUGAGAUCAUCGAUGUCAUUGCUGUCACCAAAGGCCGGGGUGUCAAAGGGGUCACAAGCCGCUGGCAUACCAAGAAACUGCCUCGGAAGACCCACAAGGGGCUACGCAAGGUGGCCUGCAUUGGUGCCUGGCACCCUGCCCGCGUGGGCUGCUCCAUUGCACGGGCUGGGCAGAAGGGCUACCACCACCGCACUGAGCUCAACAAGAAGAUCUACCWUAUUGGCAGAGGGCUGCACAUGGAAGAUGGAAAGCUGGUCAAGAACAAUGCAUCCACCAGCUACGAUGUGACUGACAAGUCCAUCACACCCCUGGGUGGUUUCCCCCACUAUGGGGAAGUCAACAACGACUUUGUCAUGCUGAAGGGUUGCAUUGCUGGUACCAAGAAGCGGGUCAUCACGCUGAGGAAGUCCCUCCUSGUGCAUCACAGCCGCAGGGCCCUGGAGAAUAUUGAGCUCAAGUUCAUUGAUACCACCUCUAAGUUUGGCCAUGGCCGCUUUCAGACAGCCCAGGAGAAGAGGGCCUUCAUGGGCCCUCAGAAGAGGCAUCUGGAAAAGGAAAAGCCAGAGACCUCGGGAGACUUAUAAGCUACGUGGGCCUGAGAUGCACACACCCCACCUGCCUGUUCUGACCAAUAAAGACCGGGGUCAACUCUU